AACUUUCUUACACAAGGAUAAUUAACCUCAUAACUUUGCGUCUCUCUCUUGAUCUCUAUUUUGCGGUGCCUCUAUUCAAACAUCCACUCAUCCACAAUGGCGGAACUACCCAAUCGCCUUCCUUCUCCUCCUUCCGCUACUGAUAUUGUAGAUGGGAUAAUUGAUACAUUCAUCGAUAAACUACAAUUAAUCUGGGCUGAAAAUGCUGCAAAAGGAGUUGGUAAGUCAUCUUCCAACCCGUUUCCUCGGCGAUCUCCCAUACCCUUAAACAUCUCAAGAUACAUAUAAAUUUACCCCUUCGUCUAACUAACGGGGUUGAAGUAUUCACACCUCGUUCUCGUCUUGCUCUUGAAAUAGAACUAGCACUCAUCCGCGUUGUCAGCGCAACCGUUGCCCCCGAAGCAGUUUUCACUAGAAUCAGUAGCGAAUUAAAUUAUCUUAAUGAAAAAGUCAAACGUGACGCGAAUCCCCUCCUUCACGAUAUCUUGCUCUCCUGUCGCGACAUGAUGGAGCAAUGGAAGGAUGAAGGAUGGUGGGAAGAUCUUCGGUCGAUUGAAGAUAGUACUCGUGAUACAGAAGAUAUGGGUGGAAGAAGAAAUUCUGGGGCAUAUGGUAUGUGUAUCAAUCAUUCUUAGGUCUUUUGUCUCACCUGUUGAGGUUGAAAUGACGAAUAUUCUUCAGGGACACCAACGCGAGAGGAACUUCAGCGGAUACAACGAUUGGAGCGCACGAUGUUUACUGAUCAUCAACUAAGAAGCCGUAUUGAUGCUCAUGCGCAGAUGCUAGAGGAAAGUAUUGCGAGAAUGAAGGCUGAGGAAAAUGAUCAUGGUAGUGAGAGCGGGUUGGAUGAUGAAAAAAAGAGUGAGUUUGACUACACUUCCUCGCUUACGGGCUUACCUCACGAGUUAUAAUAGCUGACGCUCAAGAUCUUUAGAUGCAGGUGAUCAUGGUGAUGAUAUUGAUAAGGGGGAUGAAGAUUCAGUCAAUGUAGACUAAUGUUAGUCGGAUGCUAUUGAUUUGAUUUGAAGUACGGAAAAGGUAUUAGACGCGCAAUUUUGAUUAUUAUCAGAUAGACCUUCUUCACUUUGAAGAAUAGUUAUGCAAUACGCUGAU